AGUGAGGGUGAAAACCAAAAACAGGAAGAUAUUACAUAUAACCCAACACUAUUUAGAGAAUAGAAACCAAAAGUAGGAAGAUAUAGCAUAGAUUUGCAAAAGGAAGAGGAAAAUUAAAGUUUGCUUUUAAAAUCGAUCACAGGAGAAAUGGCUGUUGCUGGAGUUCGUUAUACCAAUGAAUUUGAUGUUUUAGGAAAGUUGGGAGAGGGGGCAUUUGGAGUUGUCUACUUAAUACAACACAAAAUAACCAAAGAUAAGUUAGCUAGGAAAGAAAUAGCUCUCAAGAAUUUAACCGAAGAUGAGAAAGAAGCCACAGAGAAAGAAGUGGAGGUGAUGAAGAAAACCGACCAUCCAAAUAUCUUGAGUUUAAAAUGUUAUAAUAUAACAGAAGAUUAUCUAUAUAUAUACACAGAAUAUUGUUCUGGUGGAGAUCUUCAAGACCUUUUAAAAGAUUUUAAAAGACCAACUUUACCAGAGAAGCUGAUAGUUUGCUGGCUGAGUCAAAUGGCAGAUGCAUUAAAGUACCUACAUGGUAAGAGGAUCCUACAUCGUGAUUUAAAACCACCCAACAUUUAUUUAACAGAUAAGGCUGAUAUUAAACUUGGUGAUUUGGGUAUAGCCAGGGUUAUGAAACCAACAGAGUCAUUAGUGAUGUCAUUUGUUGGUACACCUGUUUACAUGAGUCCAGAAAGUUUAUCACGAUGUGGAUACAAUGAGAAGACAGAUAUAUGGAGUUUGGGUUGUAUUAUAUAUGAAUUGGCUACAACUAACAGGGCAUUUAGUGGUUUUACUCUUCCUGGCUUGAUCCUCAAUGUAAUGACAAACAAGCCACCAAAUAUACCAGACACUUACACUAAAGAACUUAUUAGAGUUACGUUACAUAUGCUACUUAAAGAUCCAGAAGAUCGGCCAAAUGCCCAAGAUAUCAUCGAUAGCGAACCAGUAAGAAGUUAUCUUAGAAACCCUUAUGCUCCACUGCCCUUAUUAGAAUCUAUGAACUCUUCCUCAGUGGUGCAAGGAUCUUUGCGAAGUUCAAAACAACCAGUUAAGGUUUCUGAGGAAAUGUAUCGUAAAGAUAUUGGUGUACCAAAAGACGUCCUUUCUACACAAAACAUGGAUAACAACCAAAUAACUGAACUAAAUAAUGCAUGCAAUACAAUUAUAGGAAACCCAAGCACCCUAAGCACAAUCAUGGAAAAAAAGGAACCGAAACGUAAGAAAACAAGUAAAACUUUGAAGAAAAUGCCAACCUUUGAUAAACAACCGACCAUGGACGAAAACGUGACUAUGUCAGACAUAUUGCUUAGUAUGAUGUCGUCACUAUCAACACAAGAUUCAACUCUAGGAGCUAGUUCCGGUUUAUAUACAGAGGACAGGAAUAAUUUCCUUCUCAAGCAGAUACAGUAUCUUCAAAGUAUGUGCGCACGUGGUAUCGGACAAAAAACAUUAACCAAAGCUUAUGGAUUAAUGGAAAGUGCGUCUGACCCAACAGUUUUAGAGGAAAAACUAAGGGAACUGUUGGGGCAUAAAUAUGAAGAGUACCAUACAUUUAUAUUGUAUCUACGAUUAUUUGAAUUACUACUGAAAAAGGAGUGAAGCUUUCAAUAUGGAAAAAAAGCUGUAUUCAAAUUCGAUACUUCUUUAUUAUUGUCUAUGAAAUGAUAUACAUAUUAUACUAUUUAUAUAACUUUGUCAAUGUGGAACUGUCUCCCAUUAAACCUCAAACAUUCUCUCCCCCCCACCAAUUUUAAACUCAAUCUUAAUGAGAGAGAGAGAGAGAGAGAGAGAGAGAGAGAGAUGGUAUUUUAGGUCCACUUGAUACAAACAAGCAUUUCAGGACUAACACAUUGUUCAAUUUCAUUUCAAUAAUUCUUUUGCACGUAAGGAGUCUUUGGUUGAGAGGAAACCAGAGGACCCGGAAGAAAAACCUAGGAAGCUGGACAGGUGACCCUACUCAUUGUCACCUACGAUUCAAAACCAUGCUACUUGACUGAGUGACAGACCUUACCAUCUAACGUGCACCGGUUACGAACCCUCCCCAUCGCAAUUAUUGGUGCUAAGCCUUUUUGAUUAAGGUCGAGAUAAAAUGUUGAUUUGGAUUGGGUUAUUGCAUUAUUUUCAUUAUAAAGAUUAUUUCUGUCAAAAAGUUUUUUGUGGGUCUAUUUGUUUACUAGUUUUAGUUUUGUUGUAGGGUAUUACUGUGAACAGUGGAAGACAAAAAUCAGUAACAUAUAUAUCAACAUUAGCUCUAUCUUUGAACCUUCAAUUUAAAAUACCGGUAGGGUCAGAUGCCCACUUCACAAAGAAAUAAAAAAAAACAAUUAAAGGGUUAUGGCUCUAUUCUUUGGAACCAUGAAAUAGACAAAAAUGGUUCUAAAAGCACAUAUUAUUGUAAUAUUGUAUGUAAAAUAAUUUAUAUUCAGUUUUUGAAAAAAAUAUUGUAUUUUCUAAUCAAUUAUGUUCGGUGAAAUACGUGAACAGUUCAAAUUGAACGGCAGUCGUUUAUGCAAGCGUAGUACUAGUGUAUUCUGGACUUUUUUAAAAUUAUUAUUUUGUCGUUUGUGAAUCAGUCUUUACUAAUUACUUCCACAUUGUGUUGUUGUUUUUAUUUGUUAUACGCACAUUUUCAUGUUUGUUUGUGGACACUCUACAGGUCACAAUUUUAUUCGAUUUUGACGAAACUUGAAAUAUAGGUCUAUAUCCCAACUAUCUCGGUUCCUUUGGAUAUUGGCAUAUAUCGGACCAUCACUUCAUGGAUUAUGGCCUCUGAUUGAACAAAAAUCACGUUUUAGGCUUGUGGACACUCUAGAGGUCACAAUUUCUAUCUGAUUUUGAUAAAACUUGUAAUGCAUGUUUAUAACCCAAAGAUCUUGGUUCCUUUCGAUAUUUGGGCAUAUCGGAGAGUAACUUCCUGAAUUAUGACCCCUGCUUGUACCUAGAGGUCAUAAUUAUUAUCCGAUUUAAAAAAAAUCGUUCAAAUAUAUCACCGUUACACUGUAAUGUUGGCGGAGUUCGAAUUUCGUGAAAAUCGGACCAAAACUGCCGGACAAAAUAUGGUAUCAAGGUUGUGGACCCUCUAGAGGUCACAAUUUUGAUCCGAUUUUGAUGAAACUUGAAAUACAUGUUUAUAACUAAAAGAUCCUGGUGUCUUACGAUACAUAUAUCGGAUCAUAACUUCCUAAAUUAUGGCCCUUGAUUGUACGAAAAAUCGCGUUUUUAGCUUGUGGUCCCUCUAGAGUUCACAAUUAUUAUACGAUUUAAAAAUAUAUCAUUGGUUGGGAUCGAAUUUCGUGAAAAUCGGACCAAAACUGCCUGACAAAAUGGCCGCCCCUCGUACGCAAAUAUAGUGUAAACAUAUGGUAUAUCAAGGUUAUGGACCCGCUAGAGGUCACAAUUUUGAUCCAAUUUUGAUGAAACUUGAAAUACAUGUUUAGAACCCAAAGAGCCUGGUUUCUUUCGAUAUUCGCGCAUAUCGCAUCAUAACUUCCUGGAUUAUGGCCCUUGAUUUUACGAAACACCGCGUUUUUAGCUUGUGGUCCUUCUAGAGGUCACAAUAAUAUCCGAUUUAAAAAGAAAAGUUCAAAUAUAUCACCGUUACAUCGUAAUGUUGGUUGAUAUCGAUAUUGGCAUGUAUCGGACUAUAACUUCAUGGAUUAUGGUCUCUGAUUGUACGAAAAAUCACGUUUUAGGCUUGUGGACACUUUAGAGGUCACAAUUUUCAUAUGAGUUUGAUAAAGCGUGUAACACAUGUUUAUAACCCAAAGAUCUUGGUUCCUUUCGAUAUUUGCGCAUAUCGGAGGGUAACUUCCUGAAUUAUGGCCCCUGAUUGUACGAUAAAUCGCGUUUUAUUUUUAUUUCUGGAGGUCAUAAUUAUUAUCCGAUUAAAAAAAAAAACCCGACCGAAUAUAUCACCGUUACACCGGCAAAAUAAAACUACAUUUUUAUGCUAACGUUCUCAACGCGAUAGCGGCUCUUCAGGCAUUUAUUAAACAAUAAUACAAUUUCAAUUAUAUAUAUAUAUAUGUUAUUCGGUAAUCAUACAGAUCAUAAUAAUAUUGACAUUAAAUAAAGCUAACAUAUUCGCAUCAUUCUUCCAACAUACAUUAAACUAAAUGUAACCACAAAUAAAAAUGUUUUCCAUAAUAUUCGAAAUUAAAAACAAGAAUUAGAAUUCAAUGUUGAUCAAUUUCAACCAAUAUUGAUGUUGUUAUCUUGCCGUGAAACUAGACUCCUAAUAUCUAUUGAAUUAACAUUUUAUAAUCAGUACACAAAUCAUAUGGAUUCGGGUGCCAUUUUAUAAUGAACCAGUGGCUGCCAAGAAGGAUACGCCCACACUUUGCAAGAGAUGGAUAGAGAACAAGCUAAAAAAAAAAAAGCGAUUUUCCUUACAAAAGCCAUAAGCCAAGUAGUUAUGAUCUGAAAUGCGCAAAUAUCGAAUUUGGGCUGAGAUAUUUGGGAUAUAAAGAUAUAUUUUAAGUUUCAUCAAAAUCUGACAAAAAAAAUAUUGAAUUCUAGAGGGGCUACAAACGUGAUUUUUCGUACAAUUAGGGGCCAUAAUCCAAGAAGUUACGGUCCGAUAUGCGCAAAUAUCGACAAGAACCAAGAUCUUUGGAUUAUAGUCAUACAUUUCAAGUUUCAUCAAAAUCGGAAAAACAUUGCGACUUCUAGAAGGUCCACAACCUUGGUAUUACAUACUUUUACACUAUUUGCGUACAAGGAGCAGCCAUUUUGUCCGGCAGGUCAGAAUUUAACGAAUGUUUAACUCAACCUUCAUUGAUGUGUAGCGGUGAUAUAGUGAAACUUUUUUUUAAAUUUGAAUACAAAUUGUGACUUCUAGCGGGUCCACGACCUAAAAAUGCGAUUUUUCGAACAAUCAGGGGCCAUAAUCAAGGAAGUUACGUUCGGAUAUGCGCAAUUAUCGAAAGGAACCAAGAUCUUUGUGGUAUAAAUUUAAGGUUUCAUCAAAAUCGUAUAAAAAUGAACCUUAUUGAUUUGCAGCGCUCCCUUGUGAACGCGUUAGAGCCCUAAGUUUUUCAAAAUUUUGGAUUUAAAAUCUGCUCCGAAGCAUUUGUGCCACAAGACAAUAAACUCUGUGUCUAGCUUUAUUCUAAAACAAAAUAUGGCCCGAAAACCAUGCAAAAAAUGACAUAUUCUAUUAAAUGUCGCCCAAAAAUUAAAUUGAAAUAAUUUAACAAGCAUGCAUGUCUGUAAUUCAAAGCUUCACACAUUAAAGCUAACGUGGUAGGGUUUUGAAUUUCAUAUUUGGUGUGAAGUAUUUGGGCCAUAAGACGAUGAACCCUAUCGAUUUUAAUCAUAUUUCAAAUUUAGUGUAAAUCAUGGGCACCCUAUCGAUUGUCCGUUUAUUUUCUCAUUAGUUAGCAGUUUUCCUUUGUAACAAAUGUCAGAGUAUUUUUUUUAUCAAAUUUGGUGCGAAGUAUUGGGCCAAUGGUUGCAUCACAACGUGUGUGUGAGUGUGAAAUAGCUUUAUUUAACGUACGCUUCCACCGAAGUGAUAUCGCAGAUAAGCAUCACAACGUGGAGACACUAUCAUAUAAGGUUUCAUAUUAACUCGGGAUCUCGAGAAAAUUUACACAGGAUGUCAAUAUUUCGAGAAUAUUAACUUGAAUUCUCGAGAAAAUUUACACAGGAUGUCAAUAUCUCAGGAAAAUUAUCAGGGGAUUUCGAGAACAUUAGAUUGAGAUCUCGAGAAAAUUACCAGGUGAUCACGGGAUUUCGAGAAAGUAUCAUAGGAUCGCAGGAUCUCGAGACCUUCAGCAAAAUUUUGCAUGACCCCUAUACGCUUCCGUAAAUAAAAGUAUGAGAAAAAUAAAUAUUUGAUAGAAGGUAAAUUAUAAUCUAUUAAAAUCUGAUACAUGUAAUUACAGAAUGAGAAAAAUAUCUCUUUAAUAUAAGGUAAAACAUAAUACAUUGCAAUCUGCUAAUUACAGUAUGAGAACCAGCGGUUGCCAGGCAAGAUACGCCCAUAUUUUGCAAGAGGUGGAUUGAGAACAAGCAAUAAAAAAGGCUAUUUUUCAUACAAUCAGGGGCCAUAAUCCAUGAAGUUAUGGUCUGAAAUGCGCGAAUAUCGACAUGGACUGAGAUAUUUGGGAUAUAUAUUUUAAGUUUCAUCAAAGUUUGCGUCCAACCUCGUGGGGUUUCUCCGGGUCCUCCGGUUUCCUCCCACUGCUAAAGACAACUACGCGCAAGCGAAUUAUUGAAAUAAAAUUAAAUCAUAUGUUAGUCCCGAAAUGACCUAGUUUGUGUCGAGUGGACGUUAAAACCCAUCUCUCUCUCUCUCUCUCUCUCUCUCUCUCUCUCUCUCUCUCUCAAAGUUUGCGUACGAGGGGCGACCAUUUUGUCCGGCAGUUUCGAUCAGAUUUUCAGAAAAUUCGAACUCAAUCAUCAUUAGGGCGUAACGGUGAUAUAUUAAAACGUUUUUUUUAAAUCGGAUACAAAUUGUGACCUCUAGAGGGACCACAAGCUAAAAACGAGAUUUUUCGUACAAUCAAGGGUCGUAAUUCAGAAAGUUAAGAUGCGAUAAGCGCGAAUAUCGAAAGAAACCAGAUGAUAAUUGUGACCUCUAGAGUGUCCAUACGCUAAAAAAAAGUGACUUUUCGUACAAUCAGGGGCCAUUAUUCAUGAAGUUUCAAUCCGAUACAUGCCAAUAUCGAAAGGAACCUAGAUCUUUUGGAGAUAAACCCAUAUUUUAAGUCUCGUGAAAAUCGGACAAGAAUUGUGCCCUGUAUAGUGUCCACAAACAAAUUAUGGAUGGACGUUCGGACGGACAGGAGUGACGACAAUAUACGUCCAUAUGAAAAUGUGGGCGUAUAAAAAUAUCUAUUUGAUAUAAGGUAAAACAUAAUACAUCACAAUCUGCUAAUUACAGUAUGAGAACCAUACAAGAUAAAACAUAAUACAUUACAUUGGAAACGACAAGAUCGGACAAGAAUUGUGCCCUGUAUAGUGUCCACAAACAAAUUAUGGAUGGACGUCCGGACUGACUUUUUCUAUUUUUCUUUCAUGUUCUUUUAUCUAGUGAGAGUCAAUUUUGUUUAUGGGUUGUCAGAUAUCCUUUCACAGUCCCAUACAACAACUUUUCGUCUUCGAAGAAAUUAUUAGUGAGCAGAAAUUCGCCCCGUCACUUCAUUCAGUUAUAUAAAGGGAUAACUCGUGGUUUCGUUUUGCGUUCGUCACUUCCUAUUGUUGAAACAUUGAUUACUCAUCUAUCGUAGCAAUGAUCUCUGUGAUAAAAUAAUAUUUGGAACGUGUUUAACCAGUUCUAUCACAUAUGUGAUAAUGACUGGCACCGAUAUUGUCCUUUAAUUGAGUAUUUUGGUGUCUUUCUUUAAUUUAGUUUAUAUAUAUAUAUUAUGUAUCACUUCAUUUUAAUAUUUUUAUGCAUAAUUAUAUAUUAUUUUAAAACCCUUGUGAUAUUUGUUUAUAUGCAUGUAAAUCUAUUGUUUUGUGAGAUAAUUUAACCUGUCUCAUUGUUCAUUAUGCAUUAUGUGUUUGGACAAUAUAUUCCGGUUGGAGCUGACAUGUAUUAAAACUCCAUUUCAUUCAUUCAUUCAUUUUUACGACUAAUCACCGAUUUCAUUUCAUUUCAUUUCAUUUUGUUAUACUUUUUUACGACUAAUCACCGAGAGGUUCUAAAUGGCUUUUUAUAGAGUGUCUUAUAGUUACUACUUGAUUAGUAUAAUUGUUGUAACUUCCAUGUGCAUGCUUGAACAUGUAGUUGUGAAUAGUGAAUAAAAAUAUUUCAUUAUUAUAGGUCAUUAUACCAUAGUGUGUAUUUACACAUCGGUUAUAUAUACGCCGGAUAUAAAUAUGUAUCUAAAAAAAAAAACACAUUAUAAUAUAGAGAAUCUUAAGGAUUAGAUAACCAUUUUAACUUAACCUUCAUAUCAAUUCCAUUUCUGUAAAGUACUCUAAUUCUAAUAUCAAAAUAACUUCCUGCGAAUCAAUGCAGUGAUUUUUUUUUACUUUAUAUCUUGAGAGGGGUUGGAUGACCGAAUGGUUAGCGUUUGCGCGUUGCAUCAUAAGGUCUGCCAUUGGGUUUCUAGGCCGCUCAUUUAAUAUAUUUUCUGUUCUAAAAUCGGUUAUUAUGAUGUCUGAUUUUAGACUGAUGUGUGGAGUUUGGGGUGUGUUAUCUAUGAAUUAGCCACAACGAACAGAGCAUUCAAUGGUAUAUCAUAUGCGCAUAUUGUUUUUCAAGUGGUAUUAGGAAAUGUAAGUCCAAUCAUUAAAUUUUACUGACAAAUGCAAAUUAUUCUGCUCACAUUCAAUGAAAGUUGUUAAUUUAACGAAGUUAUCUAAUAAUAAUUUGCACAUCUAACUCAUACAUUCAGUUUCAUUGUUAACCAAUGAAACACCUUGUAUGUCAUGUGAACAAUAAAAUUAUUCCAUUAGCUGAACAACCAUCCCUGUGAAAUAAGGUUAGGCUAAAUAUUAAGGCCACUUGCAGAUUUCGUCAAGGUCACGAGAUGUUAACAGGGCUGGCUCUAAGCCUAGACCUAACCCACAAUGCUUAGAAAAAAUCACGUGCCCUAACUCCGUUUACAUCUCGUGAUCUUAACGAUAGAUCUGCAGGUGCAUGGGCGUGAAAUAAAUAAGAUGGAAUGAAAUAUGGCUAUUAUUUACAGAUCAGAUCACAAUUACUCAACACAUUUUAUAAACGCUCACAUCUAUAUUCCAGAAUAUAGAAAUAUUUA